AGCUUUUAUGUAACAUUAAAGAGUUAUCCUUAUGGUGGCUCGUGUAUUGGUGUAACAAUUUCCAAGGAGACUUGAUACUUUUACCGGUCAGGACUAAGCAUGGUGAAUUUCACGUAGACAGAUGUCUUUUGAAAAUCUGUAGUGUAUUGUUUAUUUAACAACACGUUUUUAUAAAAAAAAAUUACCCCCAUAAAUAUCAUUAAGUGCUAUAGAGGUUUGUCAAGGUCUUUUGACUUUUGAUUGCCUUGAUUCUAAUAGUAACUUUAAAUUGACCGAUUAUUCACACAUUUAAUAUGCUAUAUGAUAUACAUAUAAAUAUUGUGUUUGUGAGUGUGCGCAUUAUUGGCUGGCUUGCAUUUAACUUUUGACAGUAUUACUGAAACUACAAGCUGAAUGACAAUACAUCAGUUAUCAUGAAGAGAAUCCUUCUUCCAUCGCUAAAGCAUAUCAAGUGCAUUCGGACAGCACUUUCGUUAAGAACGACAGUAUCAGCAUUACAGUCACCAUCAAGCAGUUCUUUUAAUAUUUCUGGGGAAAACUGUGACUCCAGCUGCAUUCGUUAUAACUGGAGGUCAUUUUCAGACAUACACUUAGGGUGUGAUCCAGCACAUGAGCUUCCAGAAGAAUCAAAUCGGAAUGUCACUAUGCAAGAACAAAGCGAAAAAGAAAAAAUUAUAAAAUCAGCGUCACUUAAAGAUUUGAUGCAGAUUGCGCCCACAGUAGGGACUCCAUUCCAAGCAUCGCUUGUUCUACAAAGACUGAACAUCCUGCAUAAAGAAGAUAUCAACUUUGACCCAGUGAUGAUACUUGAAGAUCCAUGUAUGUCAAGAGUGGUUGAAAUUUUCGACAACAACAUUUCAAAGAUCCCUCCCAAACUGCUAAUUUCAUGCCUGAAUGUGCUUUAUGAAAUAACUUCUCGGGAUAUAUUUCUUAUCAAGACUCUGAUCACACAGGUUAUUUGGUUGAUGAAGAAGUUGCCUAUUUCACUACUUAUCCAAGUGUUGCAACUUCAUUUGAGCCACCAGGAAACCCCUGUGCGCAAAAAUGCUCUUCAGCAGGCCAUGGUUGUACUAGAAAGGCGCUGGGUUGAACUGACCCAUUUAAAAGAUAUUAUUUUUCUCAUGUAUCAGGAAGGUGGCCAACCGAGCAUUCAGACUUUUACAGAUCGACUAGAGGAGAGAGCACUGGAUUUAGUGGAGCAGGCAUCUGUCAAAGAGUUGUAUCGCAUCCUGUAUAUCCUGUCUCGCCAUCGUCAUCGUAACAUGUCUCUGAUACGAGCUGUGUCAUACCACCUAAACAAAAGUGAUCUAUCAGACCUUUCCGCAGUUCAGCUUAGUAACCUGCUAUAUGCCUGUGCAGUGUUAAAGGUGUUUGACACCCCUCUCUUGGAAAAGACUAGCUUGGCUUUGCAGACUAAACAACGGGAGCUUACACCAAAGUUGGCCCAGUCUGUUCUGACAUCAAUGUCACUUUUAAGAUGGGGUCACUCACAGACAGUGCAGUAUAUGGUAGACCAAUUAAACUGCAGAAACUGGAGUUCUGCAUUGUUUCACUCUGACGAUGAAUGUGUGUCAAAAACCAAAGACAUUCCCUUAUCGUUGUCACUUGGUAGAGCAGACAGGGUGGCCAUUGUCAUGUCACUAGCCAAUUUGAAUAAGAACAAUCCCAUGUGCUGUGAACUUGUUCACAAAGUCAUAGCCACACCAGAUGUCAGUGAGUUGCAGAAAUCUUCACCUUUUUUGUGGCUGGACGUGGUAUGGUCUCUGGCAGUUCUAAAACUUCUAAAUGCCAAUUUAGCUGCCUCUGUCUUGACAGAGGAUUUUUGGGGAAGUUUACCAGUUUCAGACAGCUUCCAGUCAAUUGUUAACUUUACCAAAAUUAACAACAUCAAUAUAGCAGCCAAGUAUGAAAUACAAGGAUACACGGGUCCAUACCUUCCUGAUACUUUUUGUCCCAGUGAUGCUAAGCUGCUGCUACGUAGUGAGAGGAAGGCAGCAGAGAAGGUCAUUUCUGCUCUUUUACACAUGGCUCCAAGGGACUCAUAUGCCAUUCUUGAUGCCACAGUUGAAGGAGGAUAUGUUAUUGAUGCAGAAUUUUUUGUUGAUGACAGUGGAGAACCACAGCCAUUAACUAAGGUGGGGAAAAGUUCUUCUUUGCUUCACAGGGUUGCACUGAAAGUUCUGGAUUUUCCAGAUUUGACGUUGCCAGAUUUAGAAAUGACAGGCCUUCAUGCUAUGGAAGCUCGCCAUCUCAGCUAUCAAGGAUUCACUGUUGUGCAUGUUUUGCAUACAGAAAUAUCCAAUAAAAACAAGGUCUUGGAGAUGAUACAGCUCUUGCAGCAAAAGAUCAAGACAGCACUGCAGAAUAGGACUUCCCAGCCUAUUAGCUGACUGAAAUCUUGUGGCAAACUGUCACUUUAGAAAAAUCUUGUAGCUUGCCACCAAGUGCUAGAUGAGCUUUUUAAUAAUUUAUGUUUUGUGAGGACUUCAGUGGUGAGAAAAGAUGAGUAUUGCACGCAUUGAAUUUCAGCUCUUUCAUUAAAGUUUAUUUUUCAUGAAUAAAUAAAUGUGAACUAGUUUUAACUGUAGUUCAUGCUGCACUAUUUCCAUCCACUGGUGCAAUAUUUUUCAUGACAGUAAACCACUUUGGACCGAU